AUGUUGCCCCCAGCAGCACCCAUCUUUCUACAUCUGCAUUAUCAGGAGGAAAGGAGCAUCGCUCAGUCUGAAGACAAGCCGGCGAUCAGCACGUCGUGGGCCAAAGACGACGACAUCAGCCGCCUCUUGAAGUCCCUUCCCAACUGGAUCAACAUGGCCCAGCCCAAGCAGCUGAGACCAAAGCGGGAGGAAGAAGAAGACUUCAUCAGGACUGCCUUUGGCAAGGAGUCUGAAGUCCUCAUCGGGAACCUGGGGGAUAAACUGAUUCCCGAUAGCGAGAUCCUCCGCAACGUCAGCGACCUGAAGGCCUUGGCCAACAUGCACGAAAGCUUGGAGUGGCUCUCCAGCCGGAUGAAGGCCGCUUUCUCCAGCCUCCCGACGGCACAGAUGUCUCCCAACCAAGACGGACACUCCAACCUGGACCUUCCACCGGUGUCCGAACAGAUCGUGCAGACCCUCACCGAGCUGGCGAGAUCCUUCCAGGAGAUGGCGGACCGCUGCUUGCUGGUUCUGCACUUGGAAGUCAGGGUCCACUGCUUCUUCCACUUGAUCCCUUUGGCCAAGCAAGGGAAUUACGCCAUCGUGGCCAACGUGGAGAGCAUGGAUUACGACCCGCUGGUGGUACGGCUCAACAAGGACAUCAGUGCCACCGAAGAAGCCAUGGGCGCCAGCCUUCAGCAGCACAAGUUCCAGUACAUCUUUGAAGGUCUGGGGCACCUGAUCUCCUGCAUCCUCAUCAACGGGGCCCAGUACUUCAAGCGCAUCAGUGAGUCGGGCAUCAAGAAGAUGUGCAGGAACAUCUUCAUCCUUCAGCAGAACCUGACCAACAUCACCAUGUCCCGGGAGGCCGACCUGGACUUUGCAAGGCAAUACUACGAGAUGCUGUACAACACGGCGGAUGAGCUUCUGAACCUGGUGGUGGAUCAAGGGGUGAAAUACACCGAGCUGGAGUACAUCUACGCCCUGAGCUUGCUGCACCGCAGCCAGACGGGGGUGGGCGACCAGACGACCCAGAACAUGCGGCUGCAGCGCCUGAAGGAGAUCAUCUGCGAGCAGGCGGCCAUCAAGCAGGCCACCAAGGACAAGAAGAUCACCACCGUGUGAUUCAGUUGGUCGGGGUCCCUUUCAGGGGGGCAAAACGGGGCUGCCGCUCCCACGCAAGCUCGGGGAGGUUUCGUGCUCGAUUACGGCCAAUAAGAGCCACGUUAUGUGUUACGGGCGGCAGUUCUGCACUGAUAGUGAUAGGGGGAGGGAUGUCAUGUGGGUCUUUGGUGCUUUUCGCAAGAAGUUUCUUUACUGUUUGGUGAGGGGUUGGGGGUAGAGACCCUUCCGGGUGUCAAGACAAAAUCCCCAAAUAUCUGUCGUUGGGGGAAACCGCAUGCAAGCAAGCAGCAAGGUGUAGAUAUGAGUUUAUUUGGUACUUCUGAAGCAGAGGUGGGUCAGUUAUGGCCAAGGGGUCGCGUCCAGCCUACAGGAGUUUCUCAUCCAGUCUUUGAGCUGCUUAAGACAAUUUUUCAGGAGCAUCCUCUAGCGCGUCCGUGUUCCCAACAAACUCUGUUAAGGAGCUCCAGACCCACAGAAGGCAGGCACGUGGUCCGUGUCUGGAUCUCUGGCCGCUUUUGCUGCUCCAGAUUGGAUGUUGGCGCCGGAAACAGGAAGGGCCAGCGUCCAAGGUGGAGCUCCCAGAAGCAGUCAGAUAGGGACUUCAGGCUGAGAAAUUUGCCACACACACACACACACACCCCGUUCUCAAGGAUUUUCUUAGCUGAGUGAAGGUGGGAGAUGGGAAAAGAUCUGUCACUCAGACCGAUUUCACAUAAGACCUGCGCCGCAGUCGCGCCUCCC